GCCGCCCAAGUAAGCAAGCAAGCAAGCUUUCCGAUUGAGAAACUUUCUUGUCAGAAAAUGAACCACCACCACCGUAUCCGUAUCCGUAUCCGUAUCCAAGGAUUGAUUGGCACCGGAACCAAGAAUGUGGUCCGGAGAACGUUUGCAGCAGGUAAAGCCAAGAAAGGUGGGAAAGGAGGAGGCGUCGAUGCUCCUCCUAAAGGAUCGUCUCUGACUCUGAGCAAAGAGAUCAAAUCCACAACCGUUGUCGGUGCCAACAUUCUCAAAGAUGGAUCUGAUCCCAAGAUCUCUUCCGAGUCCUCUGAUUACCCUGAUUGGCUCUGGCGUCUUCUCCAUAACCGACCAGCGCUUAGUGAGCUCAGGAGGAAGAACGUCGAGACUCUUCCCUAUGACUAUGAUGAUCUCAAACGUUUUGUCAAGCUCGACACCCGAGUCCAAAUCAAGGCCAAGAACUGUUUUGCUUCUUUCUGUCUUUGAUCUUCUUCUAUCUAUAUAAUAUUGCAUCGCUACUAUACUCUUCGAUAUGCUUAUUUUGAAUGCCAAACUCUUUUUUUUUGUCUUCAAAAGCUAACUUAAAGUGUGCUUCAUUAUCUCC